AUGUCGACCUUUGUGAGCAUUGGAUGGAUUCCCCUGGUGAAGGAUGCCGACAGCAGCUCCGCGGUGGCCAGCCUCAAGGGUCUGAAGGACCAGAAGCUGGCGACUCCAGGUCUUGAGCACGCUUACUACGGCACACCGACCGACCCCAACGAGCCCAAGGCUGCCGAGAUCAUAGAUGUCUGGGCUUCUCCGGACGCGGCCAAGGCAUUCGGCGCAAGCUCCCAUAUCGCGGAGGUCAAGAAGCUGUUCGACUCAAUCACUGACACGUCCAACCCGAAGGCCCGCCCCGUCCACAACCUCUUCACCCUCAACGGCGACUUCGUCAAGGUUGCCGAGUCCCCCGUGACGCAGAUCGCGGCCACUUUUGUGCCCACCUCGGUCAGCACCGCCGACUUCGAGGCCGCCUUCAACGAGGUCUUGAAGGCAGGCGGUGCGCCGCCUGAUGGGUUCAUUGCAGGGGCUCACGGAUGGAGCCUUGAGGAAAUCGAUCACCCUGAGGCGGGCAAGGCCAAGGUGUUCCUGGCGACGAGCGGAUGGGCGAGUGACGAGAAGGCCAAGGCGGCCAGCGCGGGAGCGGAGAAGACCUUUGAGCCGUUGAAGAAGUUCACCGAGCACCACCAUGUGCGCACCACCGUCCUCACCAAGGAGAAAAACAUUCCCUUUAUCCUGCCAGUGUUCGGCUCUGGCUCAAGUUUUCCAACAUGCAUCAUCACCUCGACGGCGUCGUCGUGUGCAUUUGGUGACCCACGCUUCGACAAAGACAACAAUCGACACAUCCGUGACCAAUUCACCGAGGAGAACGUCAGCAGAUGGCUGAAGUACCGCGGCGGCAAGCUCGUUGACGAAGUCACCAAGGCUACCACUCAUCUAAUCUGCUCCAGAGCUACCUUCAACAAAAAGGGCAACCCAAAGGUCAAGGCGGCUCGGAAGUAUGGGUGCGAAAUCGUCACUUACGAGUGGCUGACUGACACAUUCCAGCUGUGGGACUACCAAAGGAAAAAAGCCCCGCCCAGUCUUUAUCACCCCGCAAAGCCUCGCGAUGGCGAUGCCAUAUCAAAUCUUUUCAUAAAGAGCGAGACGAAACCUAAAGCUGCGAAGAAGGAGUCACCUGCUGCAACGGAUGCCACUGCUGUGAAGCACGAUGAUGAUGCCCGAGCCGCAGAAGAAGUUGCCGAAACUGGGAUGAAGCGCUUAGCUAUCUCCGAAGAGAAAGACUCUCAAACGGGCUCCGAAGAGAAAGACCGUCAUAACGUCUCUGAAUCUGGAGAGGAAAAAGACACAAAAGUAACUGAUGACAUGGAGGGAGCAAGCACGCCCGUCAGCAAAGAGAGCGGCAAGCCGACUGGGAAGCCGGAGAAGAAUGCAAAAGUCACGGUUGAGCAGCCUCCCGUUGACCUCAGCCUCUAUGUCAUCUGCAAAGACGAGUCCGGUCUACACCAGAUUGAGGUUUGGAAACCUGACAGGCAUGGAAACCGGCGAGGCUGCCGAUGGGUCCUCGAGCUGUACGAGUCGAAGUCAGAACCGAAGACGUACUUGUUCGGCGCAAGGAAGUACCCGAUGCAAGGCUCUAGCGCUUGUACCACGCGCUUCUCAAGCGAGGCUUCUGGAGACAAGAGGCAUGAGUUCAAAAAGUACAGAUCUUCGUUUCGGCAAUGCACGGGGGUCCGCUGGAACCAAAGGGACUCGAUGCCUAGCAAGGGGCCGUUUUACUAUCGGUUCCCAGUUGUCCCGGGAAACAAGAUUGGAAGUGCCAGCCACGAGAAUAAGUCGAAAGAGCUUGGAGGAGAGAAAGUACAAACGACAAGCCACGUGGCCGACCACCGCGAUCACGAGGCUUCUUCCAAGAGGAAAAGGACUUUCUCAGAGGAACGACCGGCCAAAGCCUUCAAGGUAACAAAGCCUUCGGUCGCCAGCAACUCGGCCAAGGGCACCAAUGGGGGGUCCAAGACCGUUCAAACUUGA